GGGCUUUCCCAGAUAAAGCUGAUUUGUCACCACCAGAGAGAGAGAGAGAGAGAGAGAGAGAGAGAGAGGACGACGAGCGACGCGUGAGCGUGAGACGAGAGAAAUUCGACCUCCCCAAGGUCUCCUCCAGUUUCGCUCCGUCAAAACGAAGACCCGAUCGUAGCCCGAUGUCGAAUGGGAGCAUUUGAGAUCGGGCGCGACGCCGAGGAAUCCGAGAGCGCUCGCGGAAUAGGCGGCAUGUGAGGUGGAGCGGACGAACCUGCGGUGGCGAAACAAGAAAGGGUUUAUGUCUGAAACUUCCAAGUCCGAUCCUGCUGACCGUCGCCGCCGGUUCUACGCAUUGAGUGCUGUUUUAUUCUGCCGCCCAGGAGGUUGAGCCCGAGAAAAUUGCAGGCGGAGCUAGAGAAGGAUCUCGCUUCUUCCUUUUCUUUUUCGAUUGAUUUCGCGAAGCCGAUCAAGACAUACGGUGAUGGCGCGCUAGUCCCGUCAUCGUCAUCGCUAUACCUUCCUUGGAGGAGCGGAAGAACCUGUGUCGCCGAGGCUGAGAAAGGGGUUUCCUUUUGAAGCCAAGACCGUACCUUUUCUUGUUUUCAUUUUGCGAAACCAAGGAAAGGUCGUAGAGCGAACCUCGAUCAAGUAACCGCUAGCGUACAUUUGGAUCCUUCAUCACCCAUCUUGCCUGCCGAAUCAGUUGUUACGGAUCUAUUGUUAUCUGAGCUGGUUUCUCCAGGUUGCUUAUCCCAAUGGUAUGCAUGCUUGGAUGUGGUAGAAUGGCAGCAAUGGCAAGGUUGCUUAAGGUUGGAAGUUUUCAAGGAAUGACAGCAGAAGAAAUGACCAAUGAAAAACUUGCUGCUCAUACUAUACACAAUGAAUUCCAGGAUGCAAAUGAGGCAAAUUUACUUGAAGAAGCAGAUAUGCAUGUUUUUGAUUAUAGACCAUUGACAGAUCCUCUUCACCUGGUCUGUUGCAAUGCGUGUAAGAAGCCAAUUAAAGCUAGUCAAUAUUCAACUCAUGCAGUGCAUUGUGGGCUUUUGAACCCUAUUGAUGAUGUGUUGGAUAUUGAUGGUGGUAUUUCAAGCUUUAAGAAGCUUCCAAAGAAGGGAAAGAAAAUAAUUCAAACAACUAAUGGAAGUUUACAAAUGGCAACUGCAGAGCAAGAAACACCUAUACAUUUGGAUGGCAACUGUGGUGGUGGUUCUACAUCAAAGUGUGGAUUUAAGUUGCAGAACAAAACCAUGAAAAGAAGAGAAGUACAAGCUAGUUCUUCAAUCAAAUAUCAUUCAGUGGCUCCAGCACCACUUGCAACCAAAAUUUUUUAUUCACAAGGAAGAAAUCAUCUCCGUUCGGAACUUAAGCAUCUUUUUCAUGAAGUAUGGUCUAGAGAACACAGUGGAGAUUCUCCAAAUUCAUAGCCGGCAUAAGAGAUGCAUAAUACCUCUACAGUUCUCAUCUUCCACUAAUUUUCUUAUAGAAUAGUCAGAGAUGGUGUGUUCCUCUAAUUAAGGUAUUCGACCAACACAUCGUACGGGAGGCCUGAGGAAUAGCUAUUUGGUGCAUUGAUUCCUCAAAUUUUUUGUUAUUUUGUAAAUCCAAAUGUAAUUGUGAAAAUGAUGUGUAGCUCACAAGUUACCAUUUUCAAGUCUCUUGCAAUUGAUGAAAGUCAAUUUUGCACACAUGCCAUACAACUCGAUCUGAUUAGAAAAUGUAAAUCCAAUUUUGUUCCAUAAAAUGAGUACGGAUUUGUUUUGUGAGUUUA